CGAAAAAAAAUCGUCCUCCUUUCCGUAGCUGGCAACAUCUCCGCCUCUCCUCUCGCUUCCCGCAUCUUCCCACACACACACACACAAAAAAAAAAACCUCACGCGCGAUUCCAAUCCUCCCUGAAUCCACCGCGCCUUUGCCUAAGGGUUUCGAUUCGUUCGCGUGCGGCUGCUCUCCCCCCGAUCGAUCGGCUUCUCGCCUCGCUCUCGACGAAUCGAGGUCGCUAGCUCGGUUCGGUUGUGCGUUGCGUUGCGUUGGCGUGGCGGCGGGCGGUUGACCGGUUCGCUAGGGUUGGAGCUCCGGGAGGGGGAGGAAUGAUGGCGAGCCACGGCGCCGGGGUGGUGGCUGCUGGAUCCGAUGCCGCUCCUGCCGAGGUCAGCAUUGUGGGGCAGACAAAUCCAUCUACUUAUCCACCUUUAGCUUUAGGGCAUCAUUCAUGGUCCUCUUCAACUGGGGCAGCUACAGUCCCGUGGAGCUAUCCAGUGAACAAUCAAAGCCAAGAUACAGUUUACUAUGAUCCACAAAGGGAUGUUUCGGUUUCGGGAGACAAUCAGAGUGUGGCAAGCAGUGCACCUCAUAAUGCUCAGCCAACUAUGGGCACAGAAAAUGCGACUCAUUCUCACAUGCCUUACUCAAGUUCACUUCAACAUGGGUACACUGCUGCAGAAUAUGCAAACUAUUAUUAUAGUUACCCACAAACUACAAAUGGUUCUUCUGUCCAGCAAGGAGGAACAAAUCAACAUUCAGGUGCAGCUCAUCAGCCUCUUACUUCAUUUCAGAAUUCAGAGUCUUACGUUGGUCCCACAAGUAACACAUAUUACAAUGCUGGUGGUCAUCAGACUGCUCCAGGAUAUGGAACUAGCAAUAGCUAUUAUCAGAACAGCACCUGGAAUGGUGGAAGCUUUGAAAAUAAUUAUGCUCAGUCAUAUCAGAACUACCCGUCAUCCAAUACCAACACAGUACAGCAUUCCAUUUCAGUGCCUACCAAUUCUUUCUCAUACCAACAGCAGUACAACCAAUGGCCAUACUAUUACAAUCACACCGUGCCAAAUCCUGCUGGUGAUCCAGUCGGGAACAGUAACUCAAUUGUUAACACUACUUCUAGCUACUCCUAUCCCAGUAUCCAGCCACCUCCUCCAGGAACUACAUCAUGGAAAAGUAAUUCAAGUUCUUCUAUUGCGCCUCCUAUUCAGGCUUCAGGUGGUCCAGGGCCUCAAGAUCAAUAUAUCAACCAGGCGCACGCUCCGGUGUUGGAAAACCAGUAUGCUGGCCAGGUAGCAGGUAACCCAAGGUCUCAAAACCAUUAUGCCAGCCAGACACCAGCCUGCCCACAGAGCACUGUGAAUUUGAACCCCGUUCAGCAAAGCAAUCAUGGCGAUCAACAAAAUACUGUAGGUUCAAACGGUCCAAACUCAAAUAUUUACUCAGUCGACCAUGUAUCUGAAAAUUUACACCCAAAUUGGCAGGUUUUUAUUGCAACCGAAAAUUCAAGUGAAAACAAAAUGCAGGUUCCUCGAAUUGCUCCAGGUUUUUCUAUGGUAAUACCAAAGAGCGAGAAGAAAAUUUUAGGUGCUGAUUUGUCAAAGAAGCCUGCUUAUGUUAGUGUUUCCAUGGUGAAGAAUGAUGCUAGAUCACUCCCUUUUUCAUUACAUAAUUAUGCUACGAGGAAUCUCAACUGUUGCAAGGAUGAGGCCCAGAAGGCUGCUUGCCAGAGUAUGAUAGAAGAGAUAAAAAACAGCGCCAUUGCUGAUGGAACCCUUCUUACUAAGAAUUGGGACACUGAGCCACUGCUUCCUUUGGUACAAAAUGUUGCAACCAUUCCAGAAACAAGCAGUGCAAACAAUUCAAGUCCCUCCUUGUCGACAUCUACCAAUAGGAGACGCCAAAAAAGUAGGUGGGAGCCUGUUGUGGAGGAAAAGGUUACAGAUAAGGUGGAACCGGUAAAAGGGUUGGUGAAUGGUACCACCCACAAUAAUUUGGAAGCCAAAAACAGAAUGAGUAAUAACUGGGAUUCCAGAAAAUUUUUCCAGUCUCAUCAUGCGACUGCAAACAAAGUCAGUCAGCGGCCUGCCAAGAAGCAAAAGAUCAGCAGUUACUCAGAUCAAAUGCAAAAUGGAAAUGCUUCAAGUGAUAGUGAUAAGGAGCAGGAUCUAACCAAAUAUUAUGCCAGUGCAACCGCACUAGCAAAUUCACCUGAGGAGAAGAAGCGCAGGGAGCAUAGGUCAAAGCGUUUUGAGAAGAACCAGAAUUCAUCAUCUAAAUCGAGGAAUUCUGCAGCAAGUAAAGAUGUAAUGGCUAAUAUACAUGCACGAAGAGCUGUUUCAGCUCUUCUUGCCAGAAGCUGUGAAGAUGGCACUACCUUGGCUGUGGAGGAUAUGGAUUGGGAUGCAUUGACAGUAAAGGGGACAUGCCAAGAAAUUGAGAAACGAUAUCUCCGGCUUACAUCAGCACCUGAUCCUGCCACAGUAAGACCGGAGCAUGUCUUGGAGAAGGCCCUUUCCAUGGUUGAAACAUCUCAAAAGAAUUAUCUUUAUAAAUGUGAUCAACUGAAGUCUAUUCGCCAAGAUCUCACAGUUCAGAGAAUCCAGAAUGAACUUACUGUCAAGGUUUAUGAAACUCAUGCACGUUUAGCAAUGCAGGCAGGUGACCUACCUGAAUAUAACCAGUGCCAGUCACAACUGAAGAGGCUAUAUGCAGAGGGAAUCAAGGGCUGUUACUUUGAAUUCUCUGCGUACAAUUUACUCUGUGUCAUGUUGCACUCUAAUAAUAAACGAGACUUGCUGUCAUCAUUGGCAAGGUUAUCGAAACAAGCCAAACAAGAUGAAGCUGUCAAGCAUGCCCUUGCAGUUCAUUCUGCUGUUUCAUCUGGAAACUAUGUCCUAUUUUUCAAACUAUACAAGCAGGCACCGAACUUGAAUUCUUGCCUCAUGGAUCUAUAUGUGGAGCGAAUGCGUUUUGAGGCUGUAAAAUGCAUGUCUAAAUCAUAUCGCCCGACUAUACCAGUGGGAUAUGUUGCACAAAUUUUGGGAUUCUCAAGAAUUGAUAGUGAAGCAUCAGAAGAGUGUGAAAUGUGGUUAAAAGCUCAUGGUGCUAUUCUUUCAAUAGACAACAGCAGAGACUUGCAAUUAGACACGAAGGCUUCUACUACUACACUUUACAUGCCAGAGCCAGAGAAUGCCGUCGCACAUGGUGAUGCCUCACUUGCAGUUAAUGACUUUUUGGCGCGGACAUAGCGACAAAAAUUGUAACCAUGAUAGAUAAGUCCAGUAUGUUUGUGCCGAUCUGUGAGCCUGUGAUGUACUGCAAAUGUCUCCAGUACACAUCGUGCCAGUUAUGGAGCUCAAUGAAAUGGAGCAGCAGAUGAAGGGCAUUAUGCUUCCGGAGCUUUGGAGUUGGAGCAAAUAGGAGAGUGCUGACUACUGAGUGCUCAACUUGUUCCCGGGUGUUUGCACCUGAUGCAACAACUGCAAUGCUCAAUGCAACGGUGAGGCAUAUACUGGACAACACAUCCAAAACGAGAAGCCUGCAGAAAGCUUUGCCGCUGGCCUGUGGUCUCACAGAAACACAGAAAAUGUAUGAACUUCUGGUAACCCAGAUCCCAGAUACAUGUAAAGUGUAAACCAAAAUUUUGAGAGUGAAUAUGUAUGGUACAUUUGUUUGUACAACACACUUCACACAUACCAUUUUCACCAACUAUUUGUAGCUAAAAUAUAUUUCUAAUACGUGAGCCCCGGGAUUUUUUUA